AUGACCUCACUUCCAUGUGCACUUGGGGAUGGUCAAUUCAUCCUUGAUUCAUCCGCUGCCCACCAACAGCCUCCCUCUUUCGCUCCUUUCUGAUGCAAGCUAAUCUCGCCGACUCGAAAAAGCUCGCAAAUACAGAUUGUUGAUUGUCGCAAAGCAGGGCAGGGGGAGGAUCACAUGUCCUCCUGCACAAGAGCGCUGACAUCCGCUGGGCAGAGAACCUUCGCGAAUCGCCAUUUUUGACGAUUUAAGAGACAGGCGCGUCACAUGAGGAGCUGCAUGGCCCACGGGAGCUUCUGAGGACAAAGGGGAACAACACGAACGACAGCAAGUGAAGAUCAGCCCCGCCUGCUUGUGAGAGAUUAGCGCUGAGUCACUGACUUAGCGAAGCUGCACAGUGACACGUGUAUUGCUCUGGGGCGUUGUGUGCGUGUCAGAGUGGGAGCACUCGGCUGAGUUAGGCGCCUUGUGGUCACCCUGGUACGCGCGAAGUCGUCUGUGCACAAUCCACUGUGUGUGGUGUCAAAUGUCUGUCCUCCUUGCCUUGUCAGGCGUCCCAGCCCUCCCCCUCUCUCCCAUCUGCAUCUCCUCUUUGUCGUUCUGCCACUGCUACUGCUGCUGGCGGUAGCUCCUCUCGCCUAGCUUUAUCGCGGCCGCCCGAGCUGACCCUCAGCAGCCCACAACCACACACUGACGCACACAAGGCGGCUGUCAAAGAGGUCAGUGCGAUCGACAGACAGAUACACGGUCAUGUGUGUGUGUGUUUCAUUCAGUCGCCGUAUCGGUCUUUGAGCGCAGCAUCGACUGUGAGUGACUGCGCGUCGUCCGUCACCGUCUCACCAGUGAUUAGCCAGGUGUGUAGCGUACCCAUCACCCAGACACACACCCACAACCCCAUACCGACUGUAUCUGUCACUGUCACUGUGCAUCACAACCACCACCACCACCGGCACCAUCAUCGCCAUUGCCAGUCGGGCGACCCCUUGAUCGACCUCGAGAGCAACAGACCUCCUCCCUCCUCCCCGUCCCCAUCCGACUCAUCUGCACCCUCUCAGGUCGCACCAGCCUUCACAGCUCUAUCGGCGAUCCGCGUCAACGGCACCAUGCCACAGCAGCAGAGCGAUGCCGGCGUCGAGAUGGAGGAGAGGACAGCCGCCCCGGCGCUGCCCUCCAGCCCCCAUGUGCGGCCGUGUGACGAGAUCGUUCAGUACUUCAGCACGGACAUGACUAAUGGGCUGACUGAGGAAGACGUAAGUGGGUGUGGGCGUGUUGCCGGUAUUUACACACACACACGUGCUUUUGUGUGUGGCUUUGUGUGGUGUGUAUGCGUCAGGCGGCCGAGAGCCUCGCCAAAUAUGGGAGAAACGAGCUGACCCACGAAGAGGGUACAUCCGUCCUCUCUCUCAGUGCGGAUGUAUUGUGCCGUUUGUUUGUGUGGUGUGUGUCAGGCAAGUCCCUCUGGCGCCUCAUUCUCGACCAGUUUGAGGACCUGCUGGUACGCAUGUCCGUCCACAGAUGGAUGGAUGCCAAUGAUGUCUGAGUGCGUGUGGUGUGGGGGGAUGUGCAGGUGCGUAUUCUGCUGUUGGCUGCGUGCGUGAGUUUCGUGCUGGCCGUGCUCGACGAUAGCGGAGAUGAGGGUACGCCUGCAGACAGAAUGUGUGUCUGUGUGGGUGUGUCCAAGCGCACCUCCCUUUCUCGUGUAUGUGUGUGUGUUUGAUCAAGGUCUGACGGCGUAUGUGGAGCCGCUGGUGAUUCUGCUGAUCCUGAUCGCCAACGCCAUUGUGGGUGUGUGGCAGGAGAGCAACGCAGAGAAGGCGCUGGAGGCACUCAAGUCGCUGCAACCAGAACUGGCACGCAUUCUCAGGUGAGCCGGGUCACUCACGAGACAGACGUCCGCAUGAAUGGUGUGUAUGCAUCUUCAUAUGUGUGUGUGUGGUGCAGGGAUGGCAAGUGGAAGACCAUUCCUGCGGAGGAGGUUGUGCCUGGUGACGUGUGUGAGGUCCGUGUGGGCGACAAGGUGCCCGCUGACAUGAGAGUCUGCCAGGUACGUACGUCUGUGUGUAAAUGGGCGUAUAUUCGCCUCGCCCACACACAUGUGUUGUGUUGUGUCGUGUUGUGUUUGCGUGUGUGCAUGUCCACAGCUCAAGACGACCACACUGCGUGUGGAGCAAUCGCAACUCACAGGAGAAUCGCAGUCGGUGCAAAAGGUAACCCGACACACACAGAUGGGGCGUGCACACUUGUGUGUGUGUGUGUGUGUGUUGGUGUGCGUGUAUAUGGCCAUCCAUCAGCUGCCGGACCCUCUUCCAUUAGACAUGACCGAUUGCGAGCUACAGGGCAAGAGCAACAUGGUCUUCAGCAGCACCACUGUCGCCAACGGUUCGUAGGAUGCACGCAGCCAAGUCCAUCUGUCUGUCUUGCUGAGCGUCCAUCGUGCACGUGUGUGCAGGUUCGGCUGUGUGUGUGGUGUGCGCCACGGGCAUGCGCACCGAGAUCGGCAAGAUCCAGGAGGCCGUCACAGAAGCUGGUACGCAUGUGUGGGUGUCUGUGGCAUCCGCCUCGGUGUCUAUGUGUCUGUGUUUGUGUGUGUGUGCAGGGAAGGAGGACGACAGCACGCCGCUGUCAAAGAAGCUGGAUGAGUUCGGUCCGUGCAUUCACACGCGCAGUGCACAGGCAAAUUCUCCCUGAUGUGUAUUGUGUUGAUGUGCGCGUGUGUGUUUAUGCAGGGGAGCUGCUCUCCAAGGUGAUUGGCGUCAUCUGUGUGAUCGUCUGGCUCAUCAACUUCAGAGUACGUCAACACACACUUUCAGGCGCAGGCUCCUCUGCACUAGUGCAUCCCUGUGUGCUGUGCUGUAACCCGUCAGAAUUUCAGCGAUCCCGCGCAUGGCGGCUUCCUGCGUGGCUGCAUCUACUACUUCAAAAUCGCCGUCGCACUCGCCGUACGCCCCAACACACACGCACACACACACACAAGGGACAUACAAACAUGACCAUGCACAUGAUUCACACCACAGGUGGCUGCCAUCCCUGAGGGACUGCCGGCGGUCAUCACCACAUGCCUCGCACUCGGCACACGCAAAAUGGGUACCUUCGCACAAUCCACACACCGAAGAGCGCGUUAAGGUGUGUGUGUGUGGUGACAUAUAUGUCAGCCAAGAGGAAUGCGAUAGUCCGUCGGCUGCCGUCUGUGGAGACACUCGGCUGCACCACUGUCAUCUGCUCGGACAAGACAGGCACCCUGACGACCAACGAGAUGAGCUGCGUCCGCUUCUGCCUCCCAAAAGCAGCUAAUGCGGUAUACAGAAGGAAAGGAAGGGCACAACGAAGCCGUCCAUUCAUAGCACGGGUGUGUGUGUGUGUGUGUGUGUGCGCAGCUGGAUCGCUAUGUGGUGAGCGGGACGUCCUACUCGCCAGUGGGCCAGAUCACCGUCAACGAUGGAUCGGCCAAGCGUACGUUGACAGACAGAGCAUGCCACCCCAGAGCCCGUCCACACGUGUGAAUGCUACGUGGCUUUACGCAUGCAGCUCUCACGUCUGUCGGUGCGGCGGACAGGGGCCUUCAGUGGUUCUCCAAGGUCAGUCAGAGGAGUGAGUCGCACCCAGGCAGACCACCACCGAUGUGUCUUCGUGUACCUGUGCUGUGUGUGGUCAGGUGUGCUCGAUGUGCAACGACAGCACACUGGAGAUCCAGAGGGACACCGGCCGAUACGGACGCACCGGGGAGCCCACCGAAGCCGCACUGAGGGUAGAAACAAGACAUACACACACACACACACGCAUCUUUCCACAAAUGGACACGUAUGGAUGAGUGUGUGUGAUUGUGUGCAGGUGUUGGUUGAGAAGCUCGGCUGCCCCGACGCAUCGCUGACCAGCAGAUACCUCCAGACCGCUGACAGGGACAGAGCCAUGAUCUUCAAGUAUGUUCCCCGCCGGUCCCCCCACCCCCACACACACCACACACACACACACACACAAAUGAAUGCAUGUGUGUGUGUGCACGCGUGUGUGUGUGUGUGCAGCGAUUACUACGUCUCUUCGCUGGAGAAGAUGGCCACUUUGGAAUUCUCGAGAGACCGCAAAUCCAUGAGUAUGCUCGCAAAGGAGAGGUGCGCAAUGCCAUCAAUCAACAGACUCGCACAUAUGAAUGCACACGCACUCAUCUGUGGUUUGUGUGUGUGGGGGGGCGCGGCGCCUUACAGGGGUGCCAAGACCAACCUUUUGUUCUGCAAGGGUGCGCCGGAGAGCAUUUUGGACAGGUGCGACACCCUGAUGCUGCCCGACGGCACACUCGCCCGCCUCACCGACGCAAUGAGACACACCAUUGCGCGCGAAGUCGAUGGUACACACACCCAGAGAGAGGGAGGGAGAGAGAGUCGCUGUGUAUACAAAUGUGUGCGUUCGGUAUAUGUGUGUGUGUGCAGACAUGGCAGGUGAAGCGCUGCGUACCCUCGCCAUGGCCAUCAGGUUCGAUUGUGGAGAGCUCAGGGACUACGUAAGCGCCAGACACACACACACGCACACACACACACGGAUGGGCUAUCGUGUGAAUGAAUCUGUGUGUGUGUCUGUGUGUGUGGAUGUGCGUAUUCAGAACGGCCCCUCCCACCGUGCGCACCACCUGCUCACCGAGCCCGGCAACUUUGUCAAGUGAGAAGAUGCACACACAGAGAUAUAAGGAUGGACCAAAACCUAUGAGUGGGUGGUGUGGUCGCAGGAUCGAACAGGGGAUGACGUAUGUGGGUCUGGUGGGCAUCAUGGACCCCCCUCGCCCUGAGGUGGCAGGCUCCAUCACCGAGUGCCACCAGGCCGGCAUCAAAGUCAUUAUGAUCACAGGUGCGUAUUCUGCCUCCCUCUCUCCCUCCCUCCCCACCUCACACACACACAUGAAAGGACCUGUGUGGUGUAUGUGUGUGCAGGAGACAACAAGCUGACGGCCGAGGCCAUCAGCGAGAAGAUCGGCAUUCUCGCCUCUAAGACGGCCAAGCAGAAAGGCGCCGGACAGGUAGGCACAUACAAACCACACACACACACACAUACAUGGGCAAUGCACAUGCUGCCAGAACGGCCUGGCGUCGACAACGAUGCGUUCCUUCACGGGCCGCGAGUUCGAGAUGCUCACAGAGGAGGAGAGAGUCGAGGUCCUCGCAGCUGCUGGUGCGUAUCAGCUGACACCAACACGAGAGACGAACGUACGUCGUGCACACGUGUGUGUUGGGUGUGUGCAGAGGGCGCCGUGUUCAGCCGCACUGAGCCGAAGCACAAACAGCUUAUCGUUAAGAUUCUGAGAGAACUCGGUGAGUGAGUUGUACCCUUUCCUCCCACCCCACACACGCGUCGACAUGUGUGUGUGUGUGUGUGUGGCCUCAUCACUGCAUUCAUUCGCAGGUGAGAUCGCUGCCAUGACGGGCGACGGUGUCAACGACGCCCCCGCGCUCAAGCAGGCCGACAUCGGGAUCGCUAUGGGCAUCACUGGGACUGAGGUAAGCGGCACAAACACGCCCACACCACACGGCUGUCUGCACACAACCAUCCAUGUGCACCGUGUGGACACCUCGUCAGGUUGCGAAGGAGGCGAGCGACAUGGUGUUGGCCGACGACAACUUCGCCACCAUUGUGCAUGCUGUCGAGGAGGGGCGCUCCAUCUACAACAACAUGAAGGCCUUCAUCCGGUACCUCAUCUCGUCCAACAUCGGCGAAGUGGCCUCCAUCUUCCUGACGGCAGCACUGGGUAACCCUCUCUCCCCCCCCCACCGCCACCACACACAGAGAGAGAUUGAUCCCCCAAUGGUGUUGGUGUGUGGAUGGUGUGUGCAGGCAUCCCUGAGGGCCUUGCCCCGGUGCAGUUGCUGUGGGUCAACCUCGUCACAGACGGACUGCCGGCCACCGCGCUCGGUAGGGAUGGAUGUAUGAAGGGAUGGAUACCACACACGUGCAUAUGUGUGUGUGUGGUGUGCAGGGUUCAACCCUCCUGAUGUGGGCGUCAUGUCCCGCCCACCAAGGCGGAGCGACGAUGCGCUCAUCAGCGGAUGGGUCUUCUUCAGAUACCUAGUGUACGCAUCCUCACACACAGACGGAGGGCACAGCAACGCACAUACACACGCGUCAACAAAAUUGGGGGGUUUGGUUCGUCCAGUAUCGGCAUGUAUGUGGGCAUUGCGACGGUCGGCAUCUUCGUGUGGUGGUGAGCUCACUGACCACAUACACGCACACAUACACACACACACACACGCAGACAUACAGACAGACAUCUGUGCACGGAACGGCAUUCACGCUUGUGUACAGGUAUGUCUACGGCAUCGAUCCUACUGACGGUACGUGCAUGUCUAACGACACGACGUGAUUGCCGACAAGGUGCGUGGAUGUGUUUGCGUGUCUGCCUGCAGGCCACACGCUGGUGACGUUCGACCAGCUGAGGUCAUGGGGCUUCUGCAAAACAUGGUGCGUGGGUGGGGACAGACAGACAGACAGACUCACCACAAGCACCUAACCACACGUCCAUUUGCAUGUCUUCGUAUGUGCAUCCACAUGCAGGGAGGACUUUGCUGUGAAUCCCGUGUACGGGAUGUCAUCGGACCCAUGCAGCUACUUCUCUGCUGGCAAGAUCAAAGUACGUGCCUCCACAAAGAGACACACAACAGUGUCUGCGAGCGUGGAUGUGUCUGUGUGUGUGUGUGUGUGGAUUAUUCUUCGUUCCGUUAGGCCUCGACUUUAUCGCUGACGGUGCUGGUUGUGAUUGAGAUGUUCAACGCGCUCAACGCCCUCAGUGAAGACCACUCACUGCUCAUGAUGCCACCAUGGGUCAGUCAGCACACAAACACGCGUGCGCACGUUGUGUAUUUAUUGUAUGCAUCUGGAUGUGUGUGCUGUGGCUUUGUGUGUCACACAGAGCAAUCCAUGGCUGCUGCUGGCGAUAAUGGGGUCGGUCCUGGUGCACUUUUGUAUCCUCUACGUGCCAUGGCUGGUGAGUGAGCACUCACUGGUGCCUGUGGCAGCGUCUUCACACCACGUGUGGCAUUGUCGCUGUGUGUGCUGUGUACGUGUGCAGGCACGUGUAUUCAACGUGGUGCCGCUGACGGCGCACGACUGGUAUGUGGUGGUGAUGUGGUCAUUCCCAGUCAUCAUCAUCGACGAAAUACUCAAAGCUAUCGGUAUGCUGAUCCCCUCCCUGCCCCACCAUGCAAUCGUAUGUGUGUGUGUGCAAUGGCUGGUUGCAGCGAGGGCGUGCUGUACGGAAUACGGCAAGGCCAGGAGGAAACUGAGAAGCAAACACGAGUGACGGACACCACAGGUGUGCCUCCCUGCAUGACGG